AUGUACAGAGAGCACCUCUUCAAGACCGAGGCCCUGGAGCUGAAGCUCCCACCGUACACGACCAACUCUAUUGGUCAAAUCGUUGUGUGCCAUGGCAAGGUCUUUCAUUAUUGUGUACCGAGCUGUGGACAUGCUUCUACCUCUACAAUCGCCAGUCUUCAACACACUAUGAGACAUGGUCUUCAAGUCGCAACGAAUGGCUCACGACAAUUGACUCAGGUCCAGGAAGAUGCUGCUGUUCCGUGGUACAACUCCGCGCAGGAGGCUGAAGAGGACGAUCAUGAUGAGGACGACAAUGAGGAUGACGAGGAGCCCAAUUAUGAGGACGAUGAUGAUGAGGACUAUGAUGACAAUGACGAGGAGGAUGAUGAGGACUAUGAUUAG